UUGACUACUAGCAAGAAAAGUUGGGAUGAUAUUGUAUCUCAAGAAAACCCUUGGCUAAAUUCGAACAUGUUUUUACAAAAAAUGGAACUGGGCAACAAAGCAAUGCACAUGUCUGAAAAAGUUCCAGAAAGUUCUGCAUUAUCAAGUCACGUGGAAACACUAUCUAAAAGUUCUAAACCUCCUAAAGAACUAACAAUAACUGAAACACAAAAGAAACUUCCAAAAGAAAACAUUCCUGUUUCAAACUUGGAAGAAAACUCCAAGGAGAAUGCUGAAAAUUCAGCUAAUCUUGAUAUAAUAAUGAUAUACACAGAAAAGGUAACUAAGAAGAAUGAUGAAAAUGAUGACAAGCUAGAAUCCCUCUACAUUCAAGAAGAGGUAGAAAAUCAACUUUCGCUCAAUAAAACUCCAAGAGAUGAGCUAACAAUGAAGGAUCUAGCUCGAAUCUUUGCUUUACAAAAGUCUGAUACUAACAGGACAGCUUUCUUUGAAAAUUGGAUUCCUUCUUUUGACGAAGACAAGAUAAACAUUAUUGCAGAAGAUUUUAAUACAAAUAUAGACCCAACCAUAAACAGAAUAAACCAAGCCAAUGUACAAAUAACCCUUCAACAUUACAACUUAAAAGACUAUUAA